CCGCGCCACACCCACACGCCAUGGCCUCCCCGCCGCAGGGGCAGCCCGCCACCGCCGCCGAGCCGGCGGCCGCGGCCGCCACGUCCUCGCAGUUGCCCGCCGCAUCCCGCCAGCUCCCCCGCGCGUUCCUCGCCACGUCACCCCCGCCUGCCACAGCGGCGGCACCGGCUCCCCCGCUCUUCACCGGCCGGCCGCUGAACCCUAACCCUCCGGGCCACGGCUCCUCCGUGCCCCACGGCAUCCUCUACCCCGCCCUGAGAUCCGCGUCCACGUCCAACUCCGCGGCCGCGGCCGUGAACGCGCAGCUCCGCCGCGUUCCUCCGAUGGCCGUCGGGUACCCUCGGACCCACGCCGUUGCCGUCCCCAUUGCGCAGCAGCAGCCCCUGGUGCGCGAGCUGCCCCGGUCCUUCGCGGCCGUGCCUCGGGCGCUUGUGGCGGGCGUGGCGGCGCGUCCCGAGCAGCCUCCCCGAGGAGUUCCUAUAGCUUCGCAGCCCAAGGCUAAUCCAAUACCACCUGUUGGUCCAUCCAAUGAGCAGAGCAACCCAAAAGACAGGGAAAAGAGCAGAGAAGAACCUACAGUUGUGGUGAUUAAUGACCGCAAAGUUAACCUGCUGGAUAGUGAGUCGGGAUCCUUGUAUGCUCUCUGUCGAUCGUGGGUUCGUAAUGGUGUUCCACAUGAAAGUCAGCCAAGCUUUGGAAAUGGUGAACCACUUCUUCCAAGACCUUUGCCCGCUUCAGUUGUAGAUUCUAGAAUAUCAGAAAGGGACAAUAAUGAUGCGGCAGGUGAAGAUUCAGAUGAAGAGCCACAGAAGAAUGAAAACGGUGAAUACAAUACAAGUGACUUAUUGAAGCAGCAUGUAAAGCGUGCCAAAAGGAUACGUGCUGGGUUGCAAAAGGAUCGGAGUCGUCGGAUUGAAAGAUACAAGCAACGCCUUGCACUUCUUCUGUAGUCCUGUAGAAUCGGCCUGUGACUGUAUAAAGCUGAAACCAUAGGUGUUUGUCUUGUAGGUUGUAAUAACUUCCGUGUUGGAAUUUGUUAAGAUGUUUUAUUGACUAGCAUUGUAUGUUUAGGAUCCUCUGGAUGUUUUAUUGCCAACAUUAUCUAAUAAAAUGAAACUGAAAUCCUAGUCAUCUCU